UAUGGCCAACUUAUUCAGCUGACUGCUUCAAUGAACCUUUGUGGAGAGUAUUUUUGUAGGUUUGUCUAGUGUCUGCUAGGUUAGCCGACCCUGGGCUGAGAGGGAGACAAGAGAUUUCAUGACGGAUCGUCUGUGUGUAGACUUUCUUCAACUCUUUGCAGUCACUGAGAAAGAGUUCGGCUGCCAAUUUUCAGGAAAGCAAGCAGGCUUCUGAAGUGUCCUUGACGUGGAAGGUAAACAAAAUAUAUAAAUAAAUUCAGUUUCUGAAAUUUAGGAAGGCGUUGCCUAUAAAGAGAGAGUGUGUUCUGAAGACUGUCUUUGUUCGUUUGUCGUGGGAAGAUAUCUUGUGGUGGAUGGGCUUUCAGACCAAAAUUUUAUCAGCUGUUAGGGUUAAAUAACGAAGGAAAGGCGUCUUGAGCCAUAGUUUAGAGUUGCAACGGUCAGUCAAUGGACUAUACCAUGCCCAACUACCGACCAGCCGUGCGGCCUACCUCAGCCAGGGGUGGCCCGCCCCCUCGUGGAGCGGCAGCCAAUCAAGAGCUCGCACUGCGGCGUCAGGGCGGAUCCGCUGUUGUGCCUCUGACUCCGCCCACCCCGCGAGCGAUGCACACACAGGCCCAGUCCGGAUCGUCCAGUGACACAGAGGCGGUGCUCAGCGGCAGACCCGAGACGAUGGAGCCCGGUGACCCAGGGGAGACCACCCCGGAGACACAGGUGACCGGCACACAACCGCGCAUCCUUAGAGACGAGAGUAACUUCAUUCAGAACGUGGGCCAGUUCUACAACCAACAGGAUAUCAGCGAUGUCAUUCUCAAGAUCGGAGAAGAGAAAUACUACGGCCACAAGUUUGUCCUGGCCAAGUCGAGCGAGGUGUUCCGGACGAUGCUGUACAACAAGAACUGGACGCAGGCCGGGCUGCCAGAGAUUGUGCUGGAGGAGACGGAGGAAUGCCAGAAGUACUUUGACACUUUCCUCCGCUUCCUGUACACGGCCGAGGUGAACAUCAGCGUGGACUCUGCCGUGGGGAUUCUGUGCCUGGCGGACAAGUACAGUGUGGAGUCGCUGAAGAAUCUGUGUACACAGUACAUGGUGGAGCAUACUAGAUCCCCUCUGGUCAAGAACGCCCUCAACUGGUACUCCUGGUCUAAAGCCCUCCACAUGGAAGAGCUGAUCCAGCAGUGUUCCCGAACAAUCGCCUGGAAUGCUGAACACCUUCUAAACUCCCCUGAGUGGCUCCACAUGGACCUGGAGUUUGUCUCAGACAUGCUACAGAACAGAGACCUAGUCAUCUCCAGUGAGCACAGUCUCUUCCAGGCCCUGGAGUUGUGGCUCACACACGAGGCGCACGUGGAGAAUUACGUAGAGCAUGCCAAGACCCUCCUUCCGCUCAUCCGAUUCCCGCAGAUGCAGGUACCCCAGCUGUAUAAUGUGGAGAACUCAGAGGUGUACAAGAAUCAGGAGCUGCAGCCGCUCCUCGACCGACUCAUCAACAAAGCUUACAGAUUUCGCUCGCUGUGUCCGCAGCAGGCAGACAUUGACGUCUCUUUCACUGAAGAUUUCUACCUCCCAAGAAACUACAUUGAUCUUUCAGUAGACACAGUACGCAUGCAGAACACAUUACGGUUUGGCAUCCAGGUGGACGUACGUACAUACGUUGGUCCAGUGCCCUCCUUGGCUCGUGACGGGGAAUGGAAGAUCAGCUACAGGAAGACAAACGACACUUGGACUCUACAGGUUUAUUGCCAUGAGUCAGCUCUGGUCAACGGAGAGGCCCGUGUCCAGGCUGCACUCAUCAUCUCCAAUCAGGAUGACCGUGUGGUGCAGCUGGAAGAGUCAGAGAUCACGACCUGUAGCCGCGGCAAUCACCUGACCAUGAGUGUUGCAGUGCCCAACCAAGACUCAUGCAAGAGCAUGUCUGUGCUUAUAAAACCUGUCCCGAAAUAGGAGCUUAACGCAUACAAGUGGCUGUUAUUUGUGACGUCUCACUGUUGCUCGUCUCUCGUCUAUUGGUCUUCUCAGUCGCAAGAAGAUUGGGAGUGGAGUGAGAUUGUGGGAGUGGAGUGGAAUCCCUGAUGGUUUUCGAUAAAACUUUAGAACAUUGAGUGGUACAGCAGAAAAACUUUGCAACAGAAACUUGUGAUAAUGGCUGUUUCAAGGUUGGACUUUGCGAUGCUGAGAAGCCGCUUUCAGGGAUCGAACUUCAGUGUUCACUGUAACCAGUUUAUUUGAAAUAUUUCAAGGGCAGCACAAAAAAUUAAAAAUGGAAACUGAAAAUCUUGACAAGCUGGAAGAGAUCUGGCUAAUGAAUCUCAAAUACAGAGUACCUAGCCACAUCCGCACAAAGAUACGGCAAGCACUUUAAUGGAAGAGACACAUUAAAGAGAGGUUUACUUUAUUUGGGUCUUAUUUUUUUAGUCUGAUGUGGGAUUUUGCUGGAGAAUGGAUUCUUUUCAUUGAACAUCAUUCUUACUGAAGCUUGUAUAUAUAUAUAUGCAUAAAAAUGAUCAUCACUGGUCAUAUUAUUAUUAUCAAGACAACAUCUGACUGGGGAUUGAUGUGCGUUGUAAAUUCAUUGGUAGCAAAGACUAUCAUCACUCCAAGAAAGUCUAAAGAGUCACAAUUUAAUUCAUUGAUCACUAACACAUUCCCAUGAUGUGAACACUGUACAUUAUUCUGUUUUUUUGUGUGCCAUGUGAUGUUUUUUUGUUGUUGUGUGGAUGUAGUGGGGGAAAUUUUAUGUGCACUUCUAAUACAUACGUGUGUUUGUGUGUGUGUGCGUGUGUGUGUGUGUGUGUGUGUCUAUGUCUCUGUGUGUGUCUGUGUAUGUCAUACAUGUAUGAUAUAAAUAUAUACAUGGCAUCGGUGUUGUAUCUAUGUUUAUUAGAUCUGUGGUUUUCUACCCUCAAAUUAGGGGAGAUGAAUAACUUUUAUAACACUGCUUAUCCGACCAUUUCUAGUUUCUAUCUGAACUCAAGAGGUCAGAUGACACUUUCGGUUUUUUUCUGGGUUUUUUGGUGAAAAUUUGAUUACCAUAUAGAUCUAUAUUCUCUUGUAUAUCACUAGAGCUGGAAUCUAGUGGGUACUCUUAUUUAAGAUUAAUGUAAUAUCCAAAGCAUAUUUGAUGAGCAGUAUUUUUGCUCAUCAGUUACAGACAGAAUGAUAUCAGGGCACUCCAUUCCUCAUUCCACAAAGUGUCUUCCCAGAUGUGGCAUUUAUUUGAAAGAAAGAUGAAAUGAAGCAGGAUAUGUGGUUCCUAGUCUAAAAACAGCUCCUGGACAUAAAAAAUGAAAAUACCUCCAUCGCUACUUGCAGGGGAAAAAAAAAGAAGACUAAAUGCACUGGAAUUUGGGACCCAGUUCUUGUUGGGUUAUAUUCUUCAGACCUUGCAAUAAUGCUUUUGAUGAUGUCAGAAAAUACCGUACUUGACAGUGUAAUAGGAUUGGUCUACCAGGUAUUCAAUCUAUUCAUGGACAGAUGCAUGUGUGUAUAGAUAAUGAGAUUUUAUACAAACACACACACACACACACACACACACACACACACACACACAUGCUUUAUAUAUCACUAUAUUGGACACCACCUCUAGGAAUCUAUUCAUGUCAAUGGAGGCCUUUUUGAGAGCCUUACAGUAUGAAGGCGGCAGUGAAAUAAGAUGCUUCACUGAAAUGUUUCAAAAUUCCUGCUUCUGGAAGAGCCAGUGUGCCAAUUGAUGAUUAGAACAAUAACAAAACCACAUUCUAUUGUGAGACUGUCAGCCUUCACAGGUGCAGGUGGUGUGAUCAAAACUUGUAACCUUUUUCACUCUCUCAUUACUAUGUGCUUUCUUGGGAGUUUUGGGACUCCCCCUCUUUGGUUACGAAUGCAGCAAGAAGUGAAAUACCGUCAGAAAUGUGUAUGUGUGUGGAUAUUACUUGAAAUAUCCCCAUUCCAAUAUUGUAUUAUUGCUUUGCAAGAAAUUACGUCAACUUAUUUGAUCUUGCUUUACAUUGCAAGUUUAAAAAAAAAAUUGGAAUUACUGGUUUUAAUUGUGACAGCACCGUAAUUUUUUUUAUACAAGCAUUUUAUGUCAACACAGUGAAACAGGAUUAUGUUCAUUUAUGAGUGAGUUAGUAUACUAGGUUUAUGGCUGAAAUGAAUUAUUUUAAAGUAGAACUAAUUUUUCUCUUUCAAAGACAUUGAUUGCUCUGUGACCUUUAAAAACACCAAGUAAUGGACAGUGGUUUAUAUCUGUUUGAAUGAUUUGAAAGGAGACAGAAUGACAGGAAAGAUGACAUCAGAGAGUGAUGGGAAGGACGUUAUCAUGCAGUAAAAACACUCCUCUCACUUCCUCUACUGAUUUUCAAAAAUACUUUCGCAUUCAUUAGAGAAACUAGGAUUGUGCUGCUGUCGUCUCAUUACUGUCUGUGUCGGUAUGUACAGUACAGAAGAGCGUAUACAUGUGUGCUAAAUGAUGUCAAACACGGUGGUUGGUGCGUCCUUGCUACUUUAAUUUUUUUUCGCUGUGAGGCCCAGUGCACAUUGCAGAAAGUGUCGUCAAAUCUGUAUUUGAUAUACAUGAUGUAGUUUGAUACAUUUUAGGGGCUGCCAGAUUUUCCUUUGUUGACGGGCAAAUGCUGUCAGUGAAGAUUUGGUCGUGUGACUUACAGAAAAAGGCAAUCAGGGAACGAUUUCUGUGUUUGCUAAUGCACUUAGGGAUUGGAGUUUUUUUUUCUCUCCCAGAAACCAUAACUGAGCAAUGUGCAAUACUAAAAUUAUUUUGUUUUCUGCUGUACAGCAUUGGAUGCUACAUUUUAUGCUGAGAAGAAAGAGGACAAAUUUUUCUACCAACAAUUUUAUACCCACUUGCUUUUUUUCCUCCCCCUUUCGUAGUUUCCUUUAUUUUGUUCUUUUUUAGCUUAGGGAGAGGUCAAUCUGAUGUUCCUGAUAUUUGCAAUUUUUUUUCUUUUUUUUGUUAUGGUAUAAUUUAUUUUAUUUUGCGUACCGGUAUGUGAUAACAGAAUGGAUGUAAUGUCAAAAGAUCUUGGCAUUGUGAGCUAUGGCUACUUCAUUUCAAGCUGGAUGUUUUGAUCACUUAUUUGAUCACGACAGUUCUCUUGUGUGGCAAGUGGUUAAUGCUAUCCUGUGUCUUCUGCUCAUUCUAUUUGACUUUUAUACGUUGUCUUCAUUUGCUUCAUGGAAAAAUGUUGCGGCUUUUGCACAGACUGGCAAUAGACUGCACCACAACUUGAGAGCAAUUCAAUGGCUAUUUGCAAAACUCAGACAAACUCCAAACUGCAAAAAGAUAUAUAUAUAUUAUUGGAGUCUUGUACCCAGCCAUCAAUUUAUACACUUGAUAACUAAACAAGAUGUGUGACAUAAUUUUAAGCAACUCGAUGUAAUAAUGACAGAUCUCACAAGUUACCUGCUGGUUUUGAAGAAAUAUUGUUAAAGUACCAGUAGCGUCUCAGGGUUCCCCUCAUUCUGAAGCCACAUUCUCUCUUCUCUGAAUGUUUCUACUACACAUGCCAUUUCCCCCCUUCAUGUGUCUUUUAAACUGCAGUUGCAAAUAGAAGAGGCUCACAAUAUGAUAGAUUCAUGUACCUGUAGGUGUAUGGGGCACUGUAUGUGUGCUCUGCUCCCUACACUUUUGCCUCAGUGUAACUAGAACUAGAAUAUUAUCAGUUCCUAGAAAAAUAUGGGUGCUUUUGUUAGAAAUGAAAUGCAGCUAAACAACAAUGUGAAGGAAGGUGUUCAGACAUCAAUAUCAGAAUGUGAUAGAAUGCCACAGUAGGAUUAAGAACUCUAAGUAACAAAUAUGAAUAAAUUCAAGGUAAAAAAAAGACAAUAGAAUGCUAUCAUCAUAGCAUUAAGAAUUCUAAAUAAGAAUUGUUAAUACAUUUGAGGCAUAUAAGAAAUUAAAUUUUAUUGAAAAAGGAGUAGGCUACUAUCUCUCUGUAGUUUUUAAAGACUUUGUUCCUAUUGUGAGGUUGAAAUAAAGAAGUAAUGAGACAGUGACCAAAUGUUGACACUGUGGAGUCCGCUUAAACCAAAAUCUGCGGGAAUAUCAGAUUUUCUUGAUUUCACCAAGAGAGAGGUUGCUCAGAGAGAAGAAAUUCAUAAAGUCUGGGAUUUCAUUUGCUUCUGGUUUGAGCCGACUCCAUUGUAAUAUGAUCUGAUAUUCGUUUUAAAAAGUAAAGUUGUGAAUGUAUAAAGAUAUAUUUGUUCAUUUAACCUUUACAAUUUUUAUGUAUUUUUUGUCAGCAUCCUUAAUCCAUGUAUUUGAAACAUUCUUUUGAUUUUUUUAUAACCUGGAUCUAUGUAAAUAUUGAUGUCACAAUUUUUUUCUCUUUUUGUUCAAAGCGACAAAGGGGUGAGGUGUAUGAUACAAAAUCAUGAUUUGCUGUAAUUUAUUCAGGAUAACUGGUGCUUUAUAUAUUGUGUAGUGCAUUAUAGUUACAUAUAUGUUGUUUUUAAAAAAUGUAUAUAUUCAAUGCCUUGAACAUUCCUUUACAACUGCAUUUUGUGUGAGUGUGUAUAGGGAGGGAGGGGGUGCUGUGGGUCCAGUGUGACAUUGUUUUACUGUGGUGUACAGAUUUCCAUGUUGAAAUACAGUCAACUCCAGAUCUUCA